AGCCAUUUAAACAGUCUGACAGUUGCCUUCCCACUACAAAAUAACGGGACAUAAAUAUUAGUCGUGCUUAGGUUCUAUGGACGCAAUAAAAUCAAAGUUUCCGUGCAUUUCAGUGUAAAAUUGUAGUGUAUUUCGUAACAAAGUGCUUUGAAUCAGUGUAAUUGAUAAGAAAGAUUAAAAAUAUGAGUGAAACUGUUGUAGAAACGGCAGUGUCCACCGAGGAUGACCCAAGUUUGCGUGAUUUUGUUUCCGAAGAGGAUGGCUUGGUUGUACGCUUGAAUGAUGAUGGGAUUGAAACAAUCUGCUGUACAUUCUGCGAAAAACCGUACCGCUCAAAGCAGCAAUGUAAGCGCCACAUCACUGUUGUCCAUUGGAAGUUCGAUACCCAACCGGAAAUCAAGAAGGAAAAAGUCGAAGAACUGUACAAAUGUGAACAUUGUGACAGUAUUUUCAAAAGUAGGAAAUCUUUGGCGGCACAUGAAAAGACACACGUGCCAAAAAACGAAAAUCGGUACCAAUGCCAGACAUGCCCGGCAGGCUUCAGAACCUUGGCCAGAUAUAAGCAGCACUUGAAUCAACAUUUCGGAACUAAACGCAACUAUGAUACGCUACCUUGCGAGCAAUGUGAUGCGGUUUUCAAGAGUCGCGAAGGUCGAAGGGUGCACAUGAUCUUGAAGCACAGUGCCGGCCAGACGUACAAAUGCAAGGAGUGUCCGAUGAUAUUUGCGCGGAAAGGAAAUCUACGACUGCACAUGACUACGCACGGAGUGCGGCCGCAUGUUUGUAGUAUCUGUGGAAGGUCCUACGCUAGGAUCGAAACCUUGCGGACACAUGAGCAAAGUUGUGCCACUGGAAACAAGGGGCUAUGCUGCGACGAGUGUGGUCAGCGAUUUAGGAAGCAAGAGCUGUUGGAUAAACAUAUACAGCAGGGGCAUCCGGAGAAGGAAUAUCAGUGUAACUACUGUGGGCAGAGUUUUGAAAGCAAGCGGGCGCUUAGUCAUCAUGUGCGGGUGCAUGAGGGGAAGUUUCGGUGUGCUCAUUGUACGCUGCAAUUUGUCACGGAGAAAGCCUUGCAAAACCACGAGAAGGGUCGUCAUUGGGAAAUUUUGGGAGUCGAACGAGUGAUUGGGAAGCAAGGCCAGCGAAAAGAUAGAGCGGAUAGACCGAAGGAGCCGAAGGUGCGGGUCAGGAGAAAUAAAUUCAAUCCUUUUUUAGGAUUAGAACAUUUGGUGGAGGAGCUCAAUGGAAAAGAAGAUGAUGAUAAACCUAAUGUUUUGGAUGAACCUUGCGUAACAUCCUCAAACUCAAUGGUCCAAGGAAAUGGAGACUGCUUGAUGAGUAAUUUGGAGGACAUUGUAAGAAGUUUAGAUGACUUAAACUCCGUGCAUGCCGUGGCAGCUGUUUUCGAAGACACUGAUGAUAAGUUGGAGGAGGACACCGAUAAUACUGCAAAUAGUCUAAUUACUGAUGAGGUCAUAAAUAGAAAGAAUGGUUUAUUAGAAUGCGAACAAACCAAGAUUGAAUUGACUGCAUACAGCGCAAAUGAUGAAAACAUCCAACAGCAAAUAUCAGACCUUGAAGAAAACGGGAAUUUUACCGGGAACAACUCGGUUGAUGGUGAUGAUAACGACAACAGCUCUUCCGAUUGUAACGAUGAUGAUGAUGCUAGUAGUAAUGAUAGUGACCCAGACUGGACCAACGAAGCGAACGAACAAGACUGCUCAACCGACAUUGAAUUAAAGUUCAACCCCGUUACUGCUGGUUCGGAUUCGAGUGGGGUAUCCAAUCCUGAAAUUCAAGCUAAAAGAAAAUAUAAUCGAAAACCAGCCGAGAAAAAGUCAAAAGUAAAAAAGUCCUACGAGAAAAGAUUCACCUGCAAGGAUUGCGAUAAAUCAUUUGCCCAUCGGUACUGGCUGAAUGGUCAUCGGGAAAGGGUUCACGGUGUCCGAAAUGAAGAUCCAAUGCCACCUAAGAAACUUCGGAUACAUUUUUGUAGUAAGUGCAAUAAAACUUUCAGUGACUGGCGCAACUUGGUCUACCACUGCAAACACAUUCACAAACUUACAAUCAAUGAAAGUGAGGUCGAAAGCUGUAAAUCUUGCCAGAAGCGAUUCAUCAAUGCUACAGAAUUGGAGAUGCAUUCCUGUUUCAAGGGAAGUUACGUGAACCGAACACCAUUCUAUAAAUGCGAUCUUUGUGACAAGCAAUACUACAGCCAGCACGGAUUGGAUUGUCAUCGAUCUGUUCAUCCGGAAUAUCACAAGUACAACUGCGACGUUUGUCAGAAACCGUUCGCCAACAUAAAAGAUAUGAACUAUCACAAGAAGCGAGUACACGUGGAGGCUAGCUUCACGUGUGAUGUGUGUGGCAAAGCAUUCAAGGUGCAGGCACAGUUGAAGCUCCACAUUCAGAUACAUCAGCAAUUGAAGGGCUACCAGUGUGAGUUCUGUGGGAAGUCGUUUGCGCAGCGUAAUGGAAUGACUGCUCAUUUGAGAAUUUCACAUCCUGAGCAGCUCGGCGAAGAAGCACUCGCGGAACGAGAAAUGACUUGCAAGAUUUGCCAGAAAAAGCUCAAGGGCAAAAUAUGCCUGAAAUUACACAUGAAAACUCACACCGACGAACGCAAUUACCAGUGCUCCUACUGCGAUAAAAAGUUCAUCGCAAAGCAGGAUAAGUUUCGACAUGAACAGACUCACACCAAGGAAUAUCGGUUCAAGUGUCGCUUCUGUGGUAAAGGAUCAACCAGGAGAAAGCUGAUUCUGUUGCACGAAGCAAGGGAGCACAAUUAUACCACCAGCGAGUCGCUUGGUCCAUCGCAUAAGUGCUCGGUUUGUGAGCGGGAAUUCAGUACGCCGUCUGCGCGACAGAUACACGAAUCGCUUCACAGCGAUGCACUUCCAGUUCCGUGUACCCAAUGCGAUCGUCGGUUCAAGAACGUAAAAUAUAUGAAGUAUCAUGUUAAGGCGCAUCAUGAGAUAAAAAAUUUAAUCGCUUCUAAACCGAAGGGAGCUUCCAAGCCUCCUCAGCCAAGUGGCGAACAGCAACAGAAUAGCUUAAUUUUGGCCGAUGUUGACUUAAAUAAUGCGAAUAGCGAUAAUAAUUAUAGUGAUAUAGUAAUGUAUUCCACGUAUACCUUAGCACAGCCGCAUGGUAUCGAUAUUUUAGUUUGAAACUUCUGAUAAUUUAUUUUAAUGCGAAAUUUUAGAA